AUGACAAGGACGCAUUUUACGCGCAACUCGAGCGUGAGUACGACUGUUGCCCAAGCCACGACGUCAAGAUCAUCAUGGGAGAUCCACCAACUGACAAACGAAAACGGCUUACGACUCAUCGAUGUUGCCGCCUCCAAGAACAUGGCCAUUCGUAGCACCUUCUUCCAACAUAGCCUCUCUUAUCGUUACACCUGGAGAUCACCACAGCAGACGGAAUCGCAAAUCGACCACGUUCUGAUUGAUGGAAGGCACUUCUCCGACAUUAUCGACGUCAGGACCUAUCGUGGAGCUAACGUCGACUCUAACCACUAUCUGGUAAUGGUGAAACUGCGCCCAAAACUCUCCGUCAUCAACAAUGCACGGUACCAACUACCGCCACGGUACAACAUAGAGCGAUUGAAGCAACCGGAUGUCGCCUCAGCCUACGCGCAAAAUCUCGAGGCAGCGUUGCCAGACGAGGGCGAGCUCGUAAGAGCACAGUAA